CUCUUCUCACGAACGUGACGAUGGCGUCAAGGUGCUCGACUAUCAUCUUGCUUUGGUUUGCUCUAGCUGCGAGCCGUGUCACGGCGCGAAACCCAUCAAGCUGCGGUGGUCUCUCCGUACCAAUCGAGAAGCUCGUCGACCUGUCGCACAGCUUCAACAACCGGACAAUAUUCUGGUCGGACGAUGCCGAAUUUCGCCUGAACAUCUCGCGUCGUGGGAGCACUCCUGAAGACUGGUACCAGUCCGACGUAGUUGAGCUGGCAACUCAUGGCGGCACGCAUUUGGAUGCGCCAAUUCACUUCGCACCCGAGAGGUGGACUGUGAGCCAGAUACCGCUGGAACGGCUCAUGUUUCUGCCCAUCGCACUCGUGGACGUUGAGGCACAGGCGAGCGAGAACCCCGCGUACGAGUUGUCCGUUGAGUACAUCGAGCGCUGGGAGGCAGAACAUGGCCACGUCCCUCACGGCGCCCUUUUUGUGGAGAGGACUGGACGUUACAAGCUCUGGCCUAACCGCGACGCAUACUUGGGUAUCGACGACCAGGGAUGGAGGCGUUUCCCGACAGUUUCACCGGAGGCAGCGCGGUUCCUGGUUGAGCAGCGGCACAUCUACGGCUUCGGGUUGGACUCGCCUUCCGUAGACCUGUUCAACGCUUCGGCGACCCACAGGAUUCUCGCUUCCCACAACGUGUACGUGCUCGAAAACCUGGCCGACCUGUCACGUGUCCCCGCCCAAGGAGCCACAGCCAUCGCAUUGCCCGUCAAAGUCUGCAUGGCCAGCGGUUCCCCUGUGCGUGUGGUGGCCAUCCUUCCAUGAGCCACUCAGCACGUGGGCCUUAAGUGAGGCUGCUUUGAAAAUUGAAGAACCACCACAGCGAGAAUUUCAGCGUGGUACUUUAUAACAGCAACUAGUAGGUGCACAAAUAGCAAUUCUCGAGACCAUACCAAAUUCUCGAUGCCUGAAUAAAAUGG